ACAUACUAUAGGUUGGUAGGUAGGCAAUCGUGUUUAUCCGCUUGUGAGGAAAAAAAUGAGAGGGAGGGAGCGAUGUAGAGAGAGAUGGAGCAGUCGGAGGGGGCGUUUAUCUGCUCACUAGCUAAUGGCUAGAGAGCUGGCAGUGGGACAAGGCUGCUGAACCUCAGUGUGUCGAUAGAGCACCGUUUUUACUGUUUUCAGUUGAACCCAGCGGCUAUUAGGCGUUUAACCUGGACUAACGUUACUCAUUUCCUUUUGGCUAACUCGGUAUGUCCUAGUCCUCAUAUCCUGCCGCAGAGGACGCCAUCGGAGAGGAUCCGCACAGACCUGCAGCAGCAGAGUGGAAGGAUGGUGUGACACACAGACAGACAGCCAGAGGGACCAGUCACCGCUCACCACUCAGAGGCAGACCAUGGCUCCCAUGUCGCUCCUUUUCCUGGGCUUCGUCCUCUCCUUCCUUUAUCCUUCAGAUGCCCAGACCAUCAUUGGCUCCUCCAUCUCAUUCUCACCUCUGGACCUGCCUAUUAAUUCCUCUCCUCAAACAACUGCUAGAUUCUGGCCUUCUUUGCCUCCCAGAGGGCGUAGUGAUGUGCCUAUCAGAGCUACAGUCCAGAAUAGACUGGCAACUACGAACGCAUUUCAACAGGGGCAAAUAAUCUCCCGUCCUACCGCACAGUCCAAGCCUCCUUUUAUAUCUGCCCUUUCUACGCAGAACCUCAGCCGUGGACCAAUUUUAGGUCAACCGACUGCCUCCAGGCCCAGGACUGAUACAGCUAGUUUAGCGUUCAGCAGGGCUUUUGCAAAGGGAUAUGCUACUACAAAAGCCACAACUCCACCUCUGCCCACUUUGCCUUCCACUGUUGUCACUGAGUCUGCAGGUGAAAAGCCAGUGACAGCAGGAAGUUCAGAGGAGGUGUCACUCAAAGAGACAGAGGAUGAUGAUUUGCAGGGGUUUGGAUCCGGUAGUAUUCCAACAGUUCUGCCUGUGAAGGAGGAAUCAUCUGUUCCUCAGUCAACAGUUGGGGAUGAAAUGGCGCAGUAUCAGCCACAAGCACAGACAGAGAAAGUUUUUGAUGUAAAAACCCCACCAGAGGGAAGUCAGACUGUGAAGCCUCACCCCUCUGUGCUUACAACAGCCAGUAAAACCUCUACGACGCCACAGACUGAGACAAGAGCCACACCGUCCCCUGUGGUAACACAGGCAACUCCUUGGACUGUAGUGUUAACAGAUAAACCGACAGAGAACACUCCCUCCACCGUCAGAGAUGCUCCAAAGCAGGACUCUGCUGCUGCUGGUACAUUACCCCAACCCACGACGACCACCAUUGACUCCAAACAGUCACAGACUGCAGAACAAGUGACACAUCAAGUGACAACCACAUCUACAACUAGCAUGCUUACUACUACACAGGAGGCUGUGAGAACAUCCUCCAAAACAACUCAUCAACCCAACAAAACAGCACAACUGGGAAGAAAUACAGCUAGCACAACUGUACAGUCAUCAAGGACAGGGACCUCUUCCUUCCUUGCCCCCGGUGUCGUACCUGUCACACGAACAAGGUUAAGCCCCACAUAUCAGGCUGGUAUUGGUCAGAGGAACCGCUCCAUUCUCCUAGGAUAUCCUCACCAAGCUCCACACUCUACUUCUAAUCCAGCCCCCUCUCCCAGCCACAGUCCCUCCUCUAAUGGCACACUUCUCUACUGGGGUGAUCUGAGCCGGACGCUGGCUUUCGCCUGGGAGCUGCAUGUAUACGGCUCAGCGAGCCUCUUCCUCCUUCUUUUUGCUGGAGCUGCUCUCGGCCUCACGCUGUCCCCUGGCGCAAACUGUCCUCAUCGCGGGGCUCUUGCACUCGCCAAUGCGCUAUUGUUUCUUGCCGGAGGCCUUAGAGCAGCUCUCUUUCUAAUAGACCCCUAUGGCACACGGAAAUUCCUCCCUCGCCCUGCAGUAACCGCCCUCUACAACUUGCCUCUACACCUGCUGGUGUGGACACAGGCUGCCCUGGCACUGCUGGCAUUGAGGGUGGCAGGAGUAAGUGUGUUACCUUCCACUUUGGAGCGUCCGCCUCUGGUGGCUGUGUUGGCUGUUUUGCAGUGUACCCUACUGUUGGCAGCUGAUCUGCUUUCCCCAGCCCUGUCCCCUGUGGUGCCCGUCACCCUACAGGUCCUGUCCCUGUGCUGGGGCCUGGCUCUCUGUCUGGGUUUCCUUUGCUAUGUGUUUCCACGUAUACGCUGCCCUUCCAUUCCCCACCCUGGAGUCCCUGAAGAGGCCAGGACGAAGGCUUGGACAGGGAGCAGGAGGAUAGGGGUGAUCCUGGGGAGAGUGCUGGCAGUGUGUGCAGUUCUGGGGGCACUGUGCUGUGGGCUGCAUGUCCAUGCCACCUUAUGGCUCUAUGGACUGCUCGGGAACUGGACGCGCUUCAACUGGGGAUGGUGGCUGGUGCACUUCUGGGCACGGCUCCUGGAGCUGGCAUGGGGGUUCUCCCUCCUACUCCUCGGUUCGUGGGUGUUCUGGAGGCCUCAAGGUUGCCAUGGCAGGGAGGAGGGUGGACAAGAUGGCAGAGCAGCAGGAGACCUGCCGUCCCCUGGCCAAUCUACAGACUCCACUCAAAGACAUACCUGCUGGUCCAAGAUAGUCCAGAGCCUGAGGGGGAAGCCCUGUAGAAAGUCUGACAGUAAUGGGGUGGGAGGAGGAGGAGGAGGACCAGGAGGAGGACCAGGAGAGGUGCCUAACAACUGGGCUGGCCAGGAGCGUUCUGGAGCUGACAUCAGCAAAAGUUUGAUCAGGAACCACAACCACGAGCAGACCACUGCUCAGCCACGCUGUGUCAAAGACAGCAACCGGGGACGCAACCAUAGGGGCCACUCCGCAGAACGAGGCAUAUCUGACGGCUCCACAGGCUCCCUGCUGAGACUGCAGGCGCUGGGCCGGCCUCCACAGCGCUCAGUGAGUGGCAGUCUGGAUCAGGACACUACACUGUCUCUUUAUGAGUUCGAUCUGCGGCCCCCAUCUCCUAUAGACCUGACCCGCAGCAUUGACGCGGCUCUGAACAGGGAACACCUGCUCGGUGGAGGAAGCUUGUUUCAUCCUAUGACCCAAACCUCACAGUCCCCCUCCCAGGGAUCAGGGGUCAGCCAGGGACCCUGGCUCCGCAGGAACAGUGAUCCUCAACUGCUUUCUGAGAGCAGCGAUGCAACAGAGUCUUCCAUGCCACUGGGGGGCAGCGUUCUCAGCAGUGUGCCCAGCAGGCAGGUGACUGCUCCCCCCACGCCCUCCCACCAGGGUAACAGGUGGCCUGGGAACGCGGUAGGAAGCGUCCCCUCAUCAGUGUCCUGCCCUGUGUCACUUCGUCCCUCCAGAACAUCAACGGGGAAUCUGGAGGAGGAUGGAGUGGACGACACGCGACCGUUCAUCACCCCGGACUCAGAGAGGGUGAGGGGGAGGGCUGGGAGGCCGGUGGGGUCACGGAGUUACCUAGAGGUCAGCCGACAUGACGACUCUGCCAGUGUCAGCAGUGAAAUUAUUGAUCUAUGAACCAAACCCAAUCAAACACAACCAUUUAACAAAUACUUUUCCUGACCAAGACUUCAUAAAAAUUGGGAAAAUUUGAUCAUUGAGCUGCCUGAAAAUGAAUUAUUUUUAGAAGAGGGAAACUAUUAAACGUGUCUCUUGGUGAUGACCUUAAAGGAUAUCAGCUAGUUGCCUUUUAUCUUGUUAAAGGGUUUAACAGCUCUGUUUGUUGUUUUUUACUCUGGGAGUAAAAUUGAGAAAUAUAGCACAGAUAAACACCACAGCACACUCAGAACUUUCCAUCUCUUUCUUUUUUACACACACACACACACACGCACACACACACACACACACACACACACACACACACACACACACACACACACACACACACACACACACUUAAUACAGUUCUCUUUCUUGUCCUGUUUUUCUCUCAAUCACCCACCCACCUGCAUAGCACUGGUAUAACUUCAAGUACACUGGGACCAUGCAUAGAUUUCAACAAGUCCUAAUAUGGCUCUUUAGCAGGUCCCUGCUUGUGAUGGGUGUGAAAUGUGUGAUCAAUAAGUUUGAAGGAUAAAAUACAAAUGUGGCUCUAAGCCUCUGUAGCUUCCAUUUCUAUUCUUUCUGUAAAAGAAAUGUCUGCAUAUCAACAAACCUGAAUUUCAUUGCUUUUUAUAGAGUUUAUUUGCUGUCUUCCAUAUUUCAAGUUGAUUUGUGAUGUAAAGAUGUGCCAUACAUAACCUUGGUUGGUUCCGUGUUAUUUUUAUGGAUCUAUAAGCUCAUUAUUUGGGUUAACUCUCUAUAGCCUCCUACCAGUAUCAUAGUGACUCAGCAACAGAUUACUGCUCCUAAACUCUUAAUCUGCUGCUGUUGUUGUUGUUGUUGUUGUUGUUGUCCAGUCUGCCUUGUAUGUUAUAAAGCUGGUUGCAUAAAGAGGCAGGCAGUAAACAAUGGCCUGAGACAUGCGGUUGCAUGCUUAUAUGUGAAACAUACAUUUCAACAUUGCAUUUUGUUAUUUUGCUGUAGGAGAAAGCUUUUGCAAUUCAUAAUUAUGUACGAUUAAAGCCUCUGACUGCAUUUUUACGGGAUUUGAUGAAGAAUAUUAAACAUAAUCAUCAUCAUCAUCCUACCAGUUGCGUGGAAUGAAUUCAGUUUGAUAUGUAAACUAGUUAAAGCAGCAGUGUGUAGGAUGUAGGGGGAUCUAUUUGCAGAAAUGGAGGAGUUUUCAUUAGUGUAUAAUCUCCAGAGACUAAGAAUCUUUCUGUUUUUGUUAGUUUAGAAUAAGCCUCUCAUAUCUACAUCGGAAGCGUCAACAUCCACGGAGUCCAACAUGUUGCACUGUUCGUUUCUGCCAAGAAAAGAACCAAACACUGGCUCUGGAGAGGGCCUUUCACUUUUCUAUGUUACCCCAAGGCCACCGUAGGUUCUUCUACACGCUUGGAAAGGCUGGGGUGAGCGGAGGGGUCUUCAGUUAGUUGUAAUCUGCAACCUCUCCCCUAGAUGCCACUACACCUUACACACUGCUCCCUUAAAUGCUACACAGCUUCGCAGGGCUGCACCACAGGAGACUGGCUUGGCAUGAAACUCAGAUCUCUUAUAAUAGACCAAACUCAAUAACAGAGCACUUAACUGUAAGCCUGAGCACUAGACUGAAGUAUUUUACUACUCAAAGAGGAAAAUAUCUUUCAAAUAUAUUAUGUAUAAGCAACAAUGUAAAUAAUGUUAUUUUUGAUGUUCAUGAAUAAAGGUGUAUUUGAGACAUAGUUGUAGUUGCUACUGUGAAAGACAAUCUAAAGUGGUAUUGCUUAUGUGUCUAAGCUGUGCAGACAGUUAUGCUAUUUUAACAUCAGAUUGUGACCCGUUCAGUUCAUACUUCCCUGUGCUCAGGAUUAUAAUGAUGCCUGUCUGCAGGAUUUUUAAUCCUUCUUUGUUGUGAAAACAUAGAACUAUAAUUAGAUUAUGAAUUAACUUGAAUAUGUUUGGUGAUCCUGAAAAUGAUUAUGUGAAUGUUAUCUUGGGUUACGAUGAUAUUUUCCAAAGUGGAUAAACAUUAACAUGCCUCUGUUCCUGAUGAGAGCCCGCCCAUGACUUCCAGUUAUCUCAAGGUGACUUACAUUACCUCCCCGAGAUGUAAGAUGCUUGACUUUAGUAUUUUAGCUUAGUAUUUACAGUACAAUGGCCUUGUGUUGUUGUCUACAUUCCAAUGAACCCGUAAGAUUUCUCUGUAUCAGUACUCGCUGUUACCCCUUUUACUUCAUGACCAGGGUUGUACCUCCAGCACCUGUAGUGUUGUCCCCUCCACAAAGCAGUACGUGCCAUAGAAAAUACAAUCAAUGUGCCCCUUCCAGUCUGUAGUCACAGUGCAGAAGUACAGUGUUAGAAUUAUUCCUUUACUUUGCUUAACUUUUGUUCUUGUAUUUCUUGCUGCAUUUCAUGUCUGGAUUCAAAUAAAAACGAGAAAACA